UCUGCUAGCGCUCUACCAGUCUCUCAGCCUGAUUCACUGACCAGCUUACCUGCCGAAGAGUCGUAUCCAAAGCAAGGAGACACGCCCCCUGCAAGCGGUAACGUUGUGGGUCUACUUUUGUGUGGUACAGUUCAAAGCACGACACCACACACAUCGGGAGCUGGCACUGUUUGCAGCAGAACGUUGUUUUCCUCCCUCUGCCCUUACGUUUGCUGCAAACGUUGCAGUCGUGCUGGAUCUGCUUUCCUGUCGCUGUCUUCAGAGUUGGCCAGGAAAAUGUCGUUCGUGCAGGCGACACUGAGGAUUGAGUACCUCUUGUCUGUGUCCACGUGACGAAGAAGAGGGAGAAGUAGGUGGGGCCUGUGACGUGCUGUUAGCAGCAGCAAGGAGGUCUUUAGCUAGCUCGAUUCUGAACUGCUCGUGCGUCAGAGUGC